AUGAGUAAGAGAAACAAAGAGUGGAAAUACAAUGGUGAUUCAACGAAACAUAGAGAAUUGUUUGAAAAAUUGAUUGAAUAUGGACGCAAUCCCAGUGUUGAGGUUAAAGUUGUGGGCAAUGUACGUGUAAUUUUCUCAGACGAAUUUUGCAUUGGCGAAGGAAGUAAUGCAACCCGUGUUUAUCUUGGACUGGGUAAGGAUGGUUUCGGUAAAGCAGUCAAACGAAUACAUCGAGAUAGCUUUAUCCAGCUUGCAGUGCAAGAGCAGAAAAUUUUGAAUGAUAUUAAAGCAAAAAAGUCGAAAUAUGUUGUGAAUUAUUUCGACUUAGACAAAGAUAAUGGAACGGAUUAUGUUUAUUUGAUCUUAGACUUAUGUGAAGAAUCAUUGGAGAGUUUUGUCCAUUCUUCUACUUUGCAUGAUCUUCAAAAAGCUCUUCCUGAUAUUCUUAGACAAAUUUUAAAAGGAUUAGCUGAUCUUCAUAGCGGCCCAAAUCGUAUUCUACAUCGGGAUUUAAAGCCUUCCAAUGUUCUGCGAGACUCAAAAAGCGAAUUUCUGAUAGCUGACUUUGGCAUAAGUCGAAUAAUGAAGAAUGACGCUACAACAUAUAAAAGCAAUUCUUCCAUGGGAACCUUGCAUUGGAUAGCUCCUGAAUCAUAUCGCGAAGAUGAUGAUUUAAUAAACAAAGCGCAUUACAAAAGAAAGUCUGAUGUAUAUAAUGCAGGGAUGGUAGCUUAUUAUGUUGCAACAAAAGGAAAACAUCCUUUUGGAAUUCAACGCUAUAGACUGGACAACAUGCUGAAAGGAGACCCUGUUGGUUUGAAAGAAAUCAAGGAUGAAACACUAAAGGACCUUCUGUCGUGGAUGUUAAAUAUAAAACCUGAAGACAGACCAUAUUCUAACGAAGCAUUAAAGCACCCAUUUCUCAUGUCAGAUGAUGAGAAGUUUGAAAUGUUAUGUGAAGUUGGGAAUCUUCAUCAGAUUGAGACAAAUGAUCUCCAGUCAAGUGUCGUUCAACAAUUGAAUAGCGAAUGCGUACUUUGGAAAAGUCUACUUAAUUGGGAUGUCUAUGAUUAUUUUCGCACGUACGUGAAAAAUGGAAAAAUCAAUAAGGUCCCUUAUACAUCUUCAUGGGCAAAAUGCGUGAGGCUCAUUCGAAAUACUCGCCAGCAUUGGAACAAUCAAGAACGACCUCUACCACAACCAGAACCAUUUUAUAUAAUUGGAGACUACAAGGCGUAUUUUCUCCGAACAAUUCCUAAUCUCCCUGUUCGGGUACAUGCAGCUGUGAGGUCAAGUGAAGAAUUGAAAAAAGAAAGAGAACUCAAGAAGUUUUUUCCUUUUAAUGAAAGCGAACCACAUCAAUAA